AUGGGCCAAGUGGACGUGGACGGCAGUCCGGGGAGCAAGGGAGGGAGAGGAGGCGGAGGGCCAGGAGGUGAAGGAGGAGGAUGGACGGCUGCCCCACGGAGGGCAGCGAGAGGAGGAGGAGGAAGAGAGAUCUCAAGGCUGCAGGCGAGUGUGUUUGUUGGCUACAUUGGAGCCUUGAAGCUUUUUAAGAGCGAGAGACCCACAAGGCAGCUGGAGGGAGAGAGUGGGUGGCGAAUGGAGGAAGAGGGAAGGAGCGGGAGAGGGGCACCUGCUUUGCUUUUCCACCUGUGGGGUUUGUGAGUUGGUGUUGUUCUAAAGAGGGGAUGAGCAGAAAGAUAGAGAGAGAGAGAAAGAAAAAUGCAUUUGACCGUUAAACAGUAGGGUUCUCCCAAACAAUGUUGUGUUAGAGGCUUACUGGUUAAUGUAUGAGUGUGUGCGAAGUGUGUGUGAGGUGUGUGCGAGGUGUGUGUGAGGUGUGUGAGAGGUGUGUGUGAGGUGUGUGUGAGGUGUGUGUGUGAGUAUUUCACCACGCCUCAGGUAUUUUAUUAUUGUCCCACACAACAGACAGGUACAAACGAGUGAUGUCAUCUUAAUAAAGCACACACUGUGCCCUCUGUGUCCCUGUUCCCUGCCUUUACUUGUGGUGUUAUCACACAAGGCUGUGUGAUAGAGAUGGAGAGAGAUGAGCGUGCAAAUAUAUAUUUUUAUAGCAGUGUUUAAUUGCUAUACCUAUAGCACAACAUUGAGUGGUGCUGAGUCUUGUUUCCAAUCACAGCUACUGCUAGUUGUUUAUCAGACGUAGCCAACUGGUUUUGCAAAUGACAGCUAUGCAAAAGCAUUAUAUUUAAAUAAGUAUACAUACUACAACAUGUAGAGUACACAUAGUAUAUUAUGUACACAAUAGUUUGGUAUUUCCAGAUAUUCUAGUGAUAUGACCAUACUCAUCUCUCUCUCUCUCUCUCUCUCUCUCUCUCUCUCUCUCUCUCUCUCUCUCUCUCUCUCUCUCUCUCUCUCUCUUGCUUUCUCGCUCUCUCUCCCUCUCUCUCUCUCUCGCGCGCUCUCUCUCUCUCUCUCUCUCUCUCUUUGUUCCAGUUCGGACUCAGAGGGCCACUUUGAAACCCCAGAGGCUCAGAGCCCUGUCCACGCUCCACUCCAAGUCCCAGGAGAGCUGGAGACCUUCACCACUGACAGAGCAGGUGAGAUCACUGCUGCUUGCCUUCAACACAGAGAGAAGUAGGCACAAAACUAAAGAGUGAAGUAGGAACAAAACAUGCCAAAAAAAAUCACAUGCCCAUAUUCAAUUCAAUUUAAAAAACGUUGUCUAUCCCUGAAGGGGCAUGACAGGAUACCACAACCAUACCAUAAUGACAUACCACACAUAGCAACUUCACAGGAAGGGAUAUUAUGCCACAAAAUAGUCCCUCACAACAUCUACAGUACAUGGUAUGGCCUUCCGUGACACCUCAACAACCUUUUCACUUCACUCCCACACCCACACACCACUGACUGACCAUCAUCUGGAGAGAAUGCAUUAGCUGGCUGGCUUUUUUUGGAGUUUCCAUGGCAACAAGAGAGCUUUAUCAUUCUGUCUGUGCAUUUCCUGUGGGGAACCGAGUGUUUGUUUGUUUGUUUGUGUGUGCGUGUGUGUGUGCGCACAUGCGCAUGGUGCUUCAACUUUUAACAUUCCCCUCAGACAUGGUUUUCAAUAGGCUGUUUUCAUGAAAAAAAUAUACAGUGUUUGGUGGAAUCAAGUAGAUUUAGUGCUUCAGACCAUUUGAUGACUGUCGAUUAAUAAUGUUUUCUCAACUGAAACUGCAGAUUGCAUUUGCUCUCAAAGGACUGCUACUACAUUAGAUUAAACUGCACCUACUGUUGAGCUAUUUUAACUCUGUUCCGUCUGACAUGUGACCAAACUGAGGGAAGUGUACCAUGCCACUGUAAUUGAAGACGUGCUUUGUCUGCCUACCGUACUUUUCUAGGUAUGUAUCUGACUGUUAGACAUUCUUGAAGGCCAUUAAAGUUACACAGCACUUAAAGGUUGGUAUUAAACUACACAAGUACCUUAUUCACACCAACAAUUACGCAUGUGGUGAGAGAGUAGUCAUGGGCUGAAUACAUAGUACUUUGCCUGGUUGGAAAGAUAAAAUAAAAUCUCCUUGAGGGAUGCCAUUGAAGUGCAAGCUACAUACAAACAGAAAGCUACAAUAACAGUUACAGUAGCUAGCUAGCUAGCUAAUGUUAGCUAAAUAAAAGUGUCUGGCUAUCUAGCUGGCUAGCUAGCCAGCUACUGUAGCUGGCUAGCUGACUAGGCAGGCUGAGUUAAAUAAGUACAGUAGCUAGCAACGUCAAUCUAAAAACAGCUUAAAUUAUUUAUUCCUAUUUAACAAUAUUUACUUAUAUAAAGACAAAUAUAUGGUAAAGAAAGAGUGUUCUCUUUCCAGUCUUUUCGGUCCUCUGAAGCAGCAGGUAGUCAGCAGGUUGUCACCGUCUUUGGAGAGCAAUUCUGAGGUAAUAAUUUUGCGCGGACUGAGCGAGCAUUUAUGCGGUGAAAUAGAACUGGAACUGCCCGCAUCCUCCUUCCUUUGCGACUGCUACGAGGUAAAAUAGAGCCAAGCAACCAGCAUAGCAACGGACGCUUUGGUUCAUUACGUAAUCCGGUCAGAAUUUUGCAAGUUCUAGCAACAGCCCUAGCAACAGAAGCUAGAACUCAUCGAAUCCCAUUGUGACGCAGAGGGGGACACUAUUUGGCCGGGGUACACUAUUUGGCAUGACAGGCCCCAUCAGAUAGAUUUGGAUCUAUGGGCCCCAUUACUAGAAGUCAGUGAAGCAACAGUAGUUCCCAUAUUAUUCCCAGUCCCAAUACUUUGAAGUAGGCUACUUACAAUACUUGAAAUAAUUCAUUUCAAACCCUGUCAUUGUAUGAUGUCCAGUACAUGUUGGCGAUAAUUUAGAUGGUCUCAAACUCAUAGAGACUGCAUGCAACGCAACCACGUACCUGUUGGAUUUCAGACUGGUUUGGAAGUAUAUGAGGCAGUGUAGUUUAGUUGGACAGCAGUGCUGCUUUUCACUCUGUCAAAUUGUAUUUUAAAGUAUUUCCAUGGCUGUGCUGUAGGUCUUUGAUCUUUGAGAGCUUUGUUGUGGUUCACUUCACUGUGUUUUGAUAUGGGACUCCAUCCUCUUGAUGUAAAGGCAUGGGGCCUCAAACUGCUUUCAAUUAAACUGCAUAGCAUAGGCUAGUAUGUUUCCAGGCUAACUUUGCUUGCUCAGGCCUGGGUUAGUGAAAGCAUUGUUUGAGAGUGGCGGAGAAAGCUGCUUUCGCUGGCAGCGAGCAGUGAGGGAGUUGCCUUCUGUUCUGUGGAACCACACCCACAAACAUCCUCCUGAUGUAUCCUCACUCCUCACGCAGCCAGCUGUGGAGAAUAUUGAACUCUGGCUCGCUGGCCAUUUAGAAGGGAUGGUUCUUGACAGCAUGAAGCUAGCCUGGUCCAGGAUCUGUUUGUACUGUCUUGCUAAUGGUCUGCAGAUCUGUUUGUGCUGUAUUGCUAAUGGUUCCAGACAGUGGCGAUUUUAGCAUGUAAAUCUUGGUUGGGAAAAAAACAAGAAGUGGGAUGCAUGCUAGCAAAGCCACUACACAACACUAAACAAUACAUUAAUUGCACUAUAACGGUGACAAACUGUGCCCACAAACUGUUAGGGCCUACAUAAAGCUGUCCCAACAGCAGAGUCCCAACAGCAGUCCCAACACCUUACCACUGCUACACCUGGCUAUCAGCGGAGCCUUGUCUGGCAGCGAAACAGUUCAUUAAGCCUCAUUUACUGCCUCUUUAAAAAACAUACAGUGAGGGAAAAAAGUAUUUGAUCCCCUGCUGAUUUUGUACGUUUGCCUAUAAUUUUAAUGGUAGGUUUAUUUGAACAGUGAGAGACAGAAUAACAACAAAAUAAUCCAGAAAAACGCAUGUCAAAAAUGUUAUAAAUUGAUUUGCAUUUUAAUGAGGGAAAUAAGUAUUUGACCCCUCUGCAAAACAUGACUUAGUAUUUUUUUUAUUUUUUUUGGUACCUUGUUGGCAAUCACAGAGGUCAGACGUUUCUUGUAGUUUGCACACAUCUCAGGAGGGAUUUUGUCCCACUCCUCUUUGCAGAUCUUCUCCAAGUCAUUAAGGUUUCGAGGCUGACGUUUGGCAACUCGAACCUUCAGCUCCCUCCACAGAUUUUCUAUGGGAUUAAGGUCUGGAGACUGGCUAGGCCACUCCAGGACCUUAAUGUGCUUCUUCUUGAGCCACUCCUUGUUGCCUUGGCCGUGUGUUUUGGGUCAUUGUCAUGCUGGAAUACCCAUCCACGACCCAUUUUCAAUGCCCUGGCUGAGGGAAGGAGGUUCUCACCCAAGAUUUGACGGUACAUGGCCCUGUCCAUCGUCCCUUUGAUACUGUGAAGUUGUCCUGUCCCCUUAGCAGAAAAACACCCUCAAAGCAUAAUGUUUCCACCUCCAUGUUUGACGGUGGGAAUGAUGUUCUUGGGGUCAUAGGCAGCAUUCCUCCUCCUCCAAACACGGCGAGUUGAGUUGAUGCCAAAGAGCUUGAUUUUGGUCUCAUCUGACCACAACACUUUCAACCAGUUCUCCUCUGAAUCAUUCAGAUGUUCAUUGGCAAACUUCAGACGGCCCUGUAUAUGUGCUUUCUUGAGCAGGGGGACCUUGCGGGCGCUGCAGGAUUUCAGUCCUUCACGGCGUAGUGAGUUACCAAUUGUUUUCUUGGUGAUUAUGGUCCCAGCUGCCUUGAGAUCAUUGACAAGAUCCUCCCGUGUAGUUCUGGGCUAAUUUGUCACCGUUCUCAUGAUCAUUGCUCCACAAGGUGAGAUCUUGCAUGGAGCCCCAGGCCGAGGGAGAUUGACAGUUAUUUUGUGUUUCUUCCAUUUGCGAAUAACCGCACCAACUGUUGUCACCUUCUCACCAAGCUGCUUGGCGAUGGUCUUGUAGCCCAUUCCAGCCUUGUGUAGGUCUACAAUCUUGUCCCUGACAUCCUUGGAGAGCUCUUUGGUCUUGGCCAUGGUGGGGAGUUUGGAAUCUGAUUGAUUGAUUGCUUCUGUGGACAGGUGUCUUUUAUACAGGUAACAAACUGAGAUUAGGAGCACUCCCUUUAAGAGUGUGCUCCUAAUCUCAGCUCCUAAUCCCAGAAAUCUUUCUGAUUGAGAGGGGGUCAAAUACUUAUUUGCCUCAUUAAAAUGCAAAUCAAUUUAUAAUAUUUUUGACAUUCGUUUUUUUCAGGAUUUUUUUGUUGUUAUUCUGUCUCUCACUGUUCAAAUAAACCUACCAUUAAAAUUAUAGACUGAUCAUUUCUUUGUCAGUGGGCAAACUUAUAAAAUCAGCAGGGGAUCAAAUACUUUUUUCCCUCACUGUAGCUGAUAUGGCUGACUUGCUUAAACACAUGUGGUUUCUACUGACAAUUGAGAUUUACAAACUAUGGCAUAAGGGGACAACAAGUGGAUAAGAGGCAAUCCGUAAUUUCGAUUAAAACAUUAAUGAUCGAGCCAGGACGGACGUUGUCAAUAUAACUAUUUGUUUAGCACUUUUGAAAUGUACAGCGACAGAAUUCAGAACAUGGGCCGUUCUUACAGUGUUCUCCCUGUACACCAAGUCAGAACCGAAGGAUAAAUAAAGGGGGCAUAUAAGCAGACAAUGAAAGCUCUUACAAUAUUCGAUGAUUACAUUUAUCAAAAACAGGUUACAAGCUACAAGUACAAAUUAAUCCCAGAACAACAGCAAAGGAUCUUGUGAAGAUGCUGGAGGAAACAGGUACAAAAGUAUCUAUAUCCACAGUAAAACGAGUCCUAUAUCGACAUAACCUGAAAGGCCGCUCAGCAAGGAAGAAGCCACUGCUCACAAAAACCGCCAUAAAAAAGCCAGACUACGAUUUGUAACUGCACAUGGGGACAAAGAUCAAACUUUUUGGAGAAAUGUCCUCUGGUUGAUUAAACAAAAAUAGAACUGCUUGGCCAUAAUGACCAUCGUUAUGUUUGGAGGAAAAAGGGGAAUGCUUGCAAGCCGAAGAACACCAACCCAACCGUGAAGCACAGGGGUGGCAGCAUUAUGCUGUGGGGGUGCUUUGCUGCAGGAGGGACUGGUGCACUUCACAAAAUAGAUGGCAUCAUGAGGAAGGAAAAUUAUGUGGAUAUAUUGAAGCAACAUCUCAAGACAUCAGUCAGGAAGUUAAAGCUUGGUCGCAAAUGAGUCUUCCAAAUGGACAAUGACCCCAAGCAUAUUUCCUAAGUUGUGCCAAAAUGGCUUAAGGACAACAAAGUCAAGGUAUUGGAUUGGCCAUCACAAAGCCUUGACCUCAAUCCUAUAGAACAUUUGUGGGCAGAACUGAAAAAGGGCGGCAGGUAGCUUAGUGGGUAAGAGCGUUGUGCCAGUAACCGAAAGGUCGCUGGUUCUAAUCCCCGAGCCGACUAGGUGAAAAAUCUGUCGAUGUGCCCUUGAGCAAGGCACUUAACCCUAAUUGCUCCUGUAAGUCGCUCUGGAUAAGAGCGUCUGCUAAAUGACAAAAAUAAAAAUAAAUUAAAAGAUAAAAAAUUAGAAAUAUAAAAAAAAUUAAAAAAAAUAAAAAAAAGCGUGUGCGAGCAAGGAGGCCUACAAACCUGACUCGGUUACACCAGCUCUGUCAGGAGGAAUGGGACAAAAUUCACCCAAUUUAUUGUGGGAAGCUUGCGGCAGGCUACCCGAAAGGUUUGACCCAAGUUAAACAAUUUAAAGGCAAUGCUACCAAAUACUAAUUAAGUGUAUGUAAACUUCUGACCCACUGGGAAUGUGAUGAAAUAAAUAAAAGCUGAAAUAAAUAAUUAUCUCUACUAUUAUUAGGAAUUGUGAAAAACUGAGUUUAAAUGUAUUUGGCUAAGGUGUAUGUAAACUUCCGACUUCAACUGUAUGUAAACAUACUAAUGGCAGAUUUGACUUUGCUUAGUGAUGAUUACAGUAGCUCUAAAUAUUUGGAAUAUGAGGAUCAACGCUGUAUUAAACGCUGUAGCGUAUGAAUCCCUCCACUCCACUGUAUAUAAAUAAUAUCAACAAAAAGCAACAGCUCUCUCAACCCAUACUCAAUCAGUCUGACCUGUUACAGCUUUUCAUAUUUCCUUAUCACAGUUUUCCAGUCACAUGAACGCAUUGUUAUGUUAUUAGGUCUUUAAAGAAUAGCGUAACCAUGGAAACAUAUGCAUGCAACUGAUAAUUACUGUGGGAUUGGUAGCCUUUCUCUUAACCUUUCUUAAUAUUCAUAGCUAGCAACCUGCCUUGAAAAGCUAUUUUGUUGAAAUUACAGCACACUCCAAAUGAUAUAUUUGAUCAUAUUUUGCAUUUGUGGCUAUGUUUUCUUCUUGUUUUUGAGUCGACUUGUCAAAUCCCCUCUCCUGCUUUCACCAGAUGCCCUGGAGGAGGAGGAUGAACAGCUGACAGUGUCUGGCCCAGCCGGGGAUCCAGUUCCUAGCCUCCUCUUUAACCAGAACAUGGGUCAGGCCAAGCCCCCCUUGGCCCCUGAGGAGGAGGCCCCGGUGGACUCUAAGGAGGGGCCACAAGCGCUGCCCAACACAACAGACACUGCAGAGGUUCAACCCCCCAUAGCAGGCCCACCAGCCCAGGCCAAUGGAGCAGCAAAGGCCACUGCUGCUUUAGACUUAGGCCUACCUGAGGAGGAUAGACCACUGGCUACUUCUCUAGACUUAGGCCUACAUAAGGAUGAUAGACCACUGGCUACUUCUCUAUACUUAGGCCUACCUGAGGAGGAUAGACCACUGGCUACUUCUCUAGACUUAGGCCUACCUAAGGAUGAUAGACCACUGGCUACUUCUCUAUACUUAGGCCUACCUGAGGAGGAUAGACCACUGGCUACUUCUCUAGACUUAGGCCUACCUGAGGAUGAUAGACCACUGGCUACUUCUCUAGACAUAGGCCUACCUGAGGAUGAUAGACCACUGGCUACUUCUCUAUACUUAGGCCUACCUGAGGAGGAUAGACCACUGGCUACUUCUCUAGACUUAGGCCUACCUGAGGAGGAUAGACCACUGGCUACUUCUCUAGACUUAGGCCUAACUGAGGAGGCUAGCAGUACAGAGACACUUUGUAAUGGACACCCCGUAGAGACCAUCCCUGAACCGCAGGCCAAACUCACUGAAACCACUAAAACCACUCCCUCUUCCCUGAAGAUAAAGGGAGCCUUUAAUGGGGCUAGUGCACAGGGGGACGGGGACAGUGACAUCAUCCCAGUCCCUAAGGUUAGCUACAACUUCAACCCGGACCAGUUUGACGACAGCUUCAAUCCGUUCGCCAGUGGAGGCUCCAAGAUUCAGAACUCCCCACCAGCUUUUGCAGCCGAUGCCCUGCCCACACUGGAGUCGCUAUCUGUACCUAGCUCCCUGUCCACACUGGAGUCUCUACCUGUACCUAGCUCCCUGCCCACACUGGAGUCGCUACCUGUACCUAGCUCCCUGUCCACACUGGAGUCGCUACCUGUACCUAGCUCCCUGCCCACACUGGAGUCGCUACCUGUACCUAGCUCCCUGCCCACACUGGAGUCGCUACCUGUACCUAGCUCCCUGCCCACACUGGGGUCGUUACCUGUAUGCAGCUCUUCUCCACCACUUUGUGGGACUAGUUCCUCACCUAAAAUGGAGGUUGAGGAGGAAAAAGAGUCAGCGUCGGAGGCAUCAGAGGAGCCCAAGCCUGUGAAGAUGGAGUUUGGGUUAGACGAGGCAGGCGAGGUAAAAAAAACACAGCCCAGGAGGAUGGGUAAAAAGCCCGGCAGCAAGCUCGCCAUCAAGAAACCAAGGGCAAAAGCAAUUACGACAGCCUCUGCCCCGACGUCGGCACCCGAACCAGUAGUAGCUGAACCGGUAGCAGAGCCAGUUUCAGAAACAACUUCCGAACCGCUUUCCAUGCCAGGUGCCUCCUUAAGUUUGGACGAUGUUCCAAUUCCCAAGUCCACUUAUAACUUUGACCCCAACCAGUGGGAUGACCCUAAUUUUAACCCCUUUGGGGGUGGUGGUGUCAAAAUGAGUAGUUCCCUGGUUUUGCCCAAAGGAUCCUACAGCUUUGAUUCUCAGAACUUUGAUGACUCUGUGGACCCCUUUAAGCCGUCUAAAGAGAACGCAACUUCCCAGGAUACCCCACUUCCUCCGCCAGCAGAGGAGGCAGUGAAAUCAAAGCUGGAGCAGCCCCUGGAUGAGGGGAAGAGAACGUGUCAGACUCCAAAGAAAAGCAAGGACAGGAUCAUCACGUAAGUCCACUACACUCACAGCUCAGCUUUUCAGGACAUGUUAAUCCAAAUUGCAUGCAUUGCGUUCCACCACUUGUAUAGCCUUCUUCAUGUUAGUUCUGUUUUCAGAAUGUGGAUUGUGUUAGUAAGAAGAAAGCAUUCCAUUUUCUUCCUGUGUCUUUUAAAAACACUUGGCAAGCUUUCAAGUGUAUUUUAUCAAACAAUACUGUCAGAAAGCAAAUAAACAGGUUACAUAUUGCUCAUUAGCCUAUGUGAUACCAAACUUGGCCUCAUGGUUCUCACAUUAGGCAAGUUAAUAUAUUUUUGCCUUUUGCGAGGCCAUUGGCAUCAUAAUGUUUGUGUCAGAAGCCUGCUGUCAAAUCCUCACCUCCCCAGCCAACUCCUAGAAACCUAGCUCUUUCAUCUCUAUUGCUGAGCAGCACACCUCUACUCAUUUCUCCUUCUCCUUUUCUCUUUCCCUCAUCUUUCAUUCACCGCUGUAUUCCCUAUUGACCCUCUCCCGCCCACCCUACCAACCAACCGCCGCUGUCUGUCUAUCAUGCACCUUUUCUCUGCUUCUCCUCCCACCUUGUGUUCGUUCGCCUCAGGACAACUGAACAAGUGAAGUUUCUCUGUUUUCUGUUGUAAGUAGUACUUCCUCUUCCCCAACUCAGUCUCUGUCUCUGUCUCUGUCUCUGUCUCUGUCUCUGUCUCUGUCUCACUCUCUCUCUCUCGCGCUCGCUCUCUGGCUUGGUCUGCCAUUUUUGCUUUCAGUCCUAUUGCAUGUGUUGUUAUGAUGAGAGCUCAGUGAAGGAGCUUUUAGUGUCCUGCACUCCUGCUUGUUGGCACGUGAACCCUCCCCUUAAAAAACAUGCCUUCAUCAGCUAGUAGGCUAUUUCCUUAACCCUCCCGUUGUCCUAGGGUCAAAAUGACCCGCCACUGUGUUGAACCAACUUUAUUUAAUUUUUAUAUUUUUUGGAUCAUUUGUGAGAAGGAGGCAGUGAUACUUUCUUUAAAGUCUCACUGCCUCCUUCUCACAAAUGAUCCCAAAAAUAUAAAAAUUAAAUGAAGUUGGUUCAACACAGUGGUGGGUCAUUUUGACCCUAGGACAACGGGAGGGUUAAUGGUUGUCUUGUGAGUCUUUGCAAAGUUAAAUAACAGAUUUCUAUCUGCAUAGGAUUUUGCAUAGUGCUGUGCAACACUUAUUAGACCAAUGGGAGAAUAAUGUGUAUCAACCACAUUUAGACAACAACAGUUUAUUAGAUACCUGUCCCGAACUAUUACAUGUUCAGUGUCCCAAUAACGAAUGCUAUAUUCUGUAUUCACAAAUCCUCUUCCUGUGUUCCUCUAGGAAUUUGUGUAAGGUGAAGAAGUAUGAAAACCAGUCCCUGGUCCUGGAUGUCUGCAAUCAGGUUUGUGUGUGCCUGCGUGCGUAAGUGUGAGCGUGCGUAAGUGCUUGUGCAAUAUCAGCUGAAUAUAACCUUGCUGCAGUGGCACUGCAAUGUCCAUUACUCAGUAGGUUACCUCACCUACAAACAAACACACACACACACACACACACAGCUUAUUUCUCUCAUGCUGACAAGUGCAUCCCUUUCUCACACACUUAUCAGUGUGUCCAUAGCACUGCGGUACAGCCCUGGCGUGUUGACAGAUGCAUGAAUCAUCACUCGGCACGUGUUUAUCAGUCCGUAGAUGCCAUGUGCCAUCAAGUUUUAUCGCAUCCCAUAACACUCCAAUUGACUACUAAACUACCUCAAGUGAAACACCAAAUGUACUGCUUUGAGAAACAAAACAAAAAUAUAGUAGAAAUUAAGUGCUGUUUGCAUGUUAAAAUGCAUAUGGAAUGCACCUUGCAAUAUUGCGGCAUUGUUUACGUUUUUGGUUGGUGGACUCUCUAUGCACAUUUUACAGUGUGGCUCAGUAGUUCCCAAUCUGUGGUUCCUAUCCCAGCCUACCAGAUGGAAUACAUUCAAUUCAAAACAAUAAUGACACCAUGGGUGUUCUAUCUGGCUGUAGGCUGACGGUAUACUGGCACUCUAUUCUCUUGUUUAAAGGAAGAUGAUGCGGUGGUGUCACAGGUCCAAGAAAUGCCCCGCCGCGUUCGCCACGCCACCGAUGAGGAAAAGCUGGCUUGCAGUGGCAUCAUUGGCCAGAAAGCCAAGGAGGAGGAGGCCAGGGUGGAGGUGGAGGAGGAAGAAGACUCAGUGUGUGCCAAAAGCCCAGCUAAAGGCCCAACCAAAGGCCUGGCCAUCACAGACAAUGUCAAAAGCCAGGCACUGCUGGAUGGUACGUUUGGUUUGGCUCUCAGGGCAUUCUUUAGAUUUAUUCAAUGGCCAAGGUGUAGUCAAAGGCACUCUGUUUAAAAGUCUUAAAGGGCUAGAAAACAAAAAACAAAACUUAAUGCCAGCAGUCUUAGACAAUCCAUUAGAUUAGCUCCAUUAGAUUACACUUGAGUACAGACAAAGCAGAAAAGCAGUUUCUGAAGAGUCUCUGGGAUUCUAGUCUCAUAUUAGUUUUUACUGCCACCUAUUGGCCAUUGAAUCAAGCGUUGAGUAAAUUACUUUUACAUCUCCAUCCCAUGAUACUUAUUAAUGUAUUAUUUUCUUCCCCUCAGGGCCACUGGCGGGGAUAACACACUGUAUGGAGGAAAAGGACAUUUGCAUUUCCGUAAGUAGGCCUAGAUCUUUUGAUUUGUCUGUAAGAUUUGUUAUGCUUUUUCAAUAGAAGCCAGUUUGCAUUACAGCACAGAUGGACAUGUUUUGUCCUUGGUGUCUACAGAGUGAAGAGCUGUCAAUCACCCCAGGGCCAAAGUUGAGUGGCUGCGAGGGUCACGAUGACAAAGGCAGUCCCUCCUCCAUGGAUACCAUAUUGCUCAAUGAGAUGGACAAAGCAGCGGUGCUCACCUUGAUCAGAGAGGAGGUAUAGUAACUGACCAAUAGUGGUUAUUAUUCCAAGCUGAAGAGACCUGGUUCAUGUUCAUUAGGCACCAAAUUGAAGAAAACGGACUGAAAUAGGGAGGGACUAUCUGGACAUAUCUAAUUAGAAAUGCUAAUUUGUGUUUCCCGUUGCCUGCCCUAAUGAACACAACCUACAGUGGGGAGAACAAGUAUUUGAUACACUGCCGAUUUUGCAGGUUUUCCUACUUACAAAGCAUGUAGAGGUCUGUAAUUUUUAUCAUAGGUACACUUCAACUGUGAGAGACGGAAUCUAAAACAAAAAUCCAGAAAAUCACAUUGUAUGAUUUUUAAGUAAUUAAUUUGCAUUUUAUUGCAUGACAUAAGUAUUUGAUACAUCAGAAAAGAAGAACUUAAUAUUUGGUACAGAAACCUUUGUUUGCAAUUAUAGAGAUCAUAUGUUUCCUGUAGGUCUUGACCAGGUUUGCACACACUGCAGCAGGGAUUUUGGCCCACUCCUCCAUACAGACCAUCUCCAGAUCCUUCAGGUUUCGGGGCUGUCGCUGGGCAAUACGGACUUUCAGCUCCCUCCAAAGAUUUUCUAUUGGGUUCAGGUCUGGAGACUGGCUAGGCCACUCCAGGACCUUGAGAUGCUUCUUACGGAGCCACUCCUUAGUUGCCCUGGCUGUGUGUUUCGGGUCGUUGUCAUGCUGGAAGACCCAGCCACGACCCAUCUUCAAUGCUCUUACUGAGGGAAGGAGGUUGUUGGCCAAGAUCUCGCGAUACAUGGCCCCAUCCAUCCUCCCCUCAAUACGGUGCAGUCGUCCUGUCCCCUUUGCAGAAAAGCAUCCCCAAAGAAUGAUGUUUCCACCUCCAUGCUUCACGGUUGGGAUGGUGUUCUUGGGGUUGUACUCAUCCUUCUUCUUCCUCCAAACACGGCGAGUGGAGUUUAGACCAAAAAGCUAUAUUUUUGUCUCAUCAGACCACAUGACCUUCUCCCAUUCCUCCUCUGGAUCAUCCAGAUGGUCAUUGGCAAACUUCAGACGGGCCUGGACAUGCGCUGGCUUGAGCCUGGGGGACCUUGCGUGCGCUGCAGGAUUUUAAUCCAUGACGGCGUAGUGUGUUACUAAUGGUUUUCUUUGAGACUGUGGUCCCAGCUCUCUUCAGGUCAUUGACCAGGUCCUGCCGUGUAGUUCUGGGCUGAUCCCUCACCUUCCUCAUGAUCAUUGAUGCCCCACGAGGUGAGAUCUUGCAUGGAGCCCCAGACCAAGGGUGAUUGACCGUCAUCUUGAACUUCUUCCAUUUUCUAAUAAUUGCGCCAACAGUUGUUGCCUUCUCACCAAGCUGCUUGCCUAUUGUCCUGUAGCCCAUCCCAGCCUUGUGCAGGUCUACAAUUUUAUCCCUGAUGUCCUUACACAGCUCUCUGGUCUUGGCCAUUGUGGAGAGGUUGGAGUCUCUUUGUUUGAGUGUGUGGACAGGUGUCUAUUAUACAGGUAACGAGUUCAAACAGGUGCAGUUAAUACAGGUAAUGAGUGGAGAACAGGAGGGCUUCUUAAAGAAAAACUAACACGUUUGUGAGAGCCGGAAUUCUUACUGGUUGGUAGGUGAUCAAAUACUUAUGUCAUGCAAUAAAAUGCAAAUGAAUUACUUAAAAAUCAUACAAUGUGAUUUUCUGGAUUUUUGUUUUAGAUUCCGUCUCUCACAGUUGAAGUGUACCUAUGAUAAAAAAUUACAGACCUCUACAUGUUUUGUAAGUAGGAAAACCUGCAAAAUCGGCAGUGUAUCAAAUACUUGUUCUCCCCACUGUAGGUAGCGCCAAGAGCUAGCCCUCUGAGCUAAAGGACCAGUUCCCUAUUAUACCAUAGUAAACAUACUCAAACUCUCAACAAGUACUGAUGUAGGAUCUUCAUUUAAUCAACCUGUUGCAGAAAAUGUCAAAUGUGUUUAUUUUAGGUUUUAAAAGGUUUCUGAAGUUUGUAAUUUCCACUUUGAAAUUUCAGACUUGAUUUUCCCUUACAAAAAAAUCAACCCCUACAAAAAUGUCCAUUAAUUAUAAUCCAUAUAAUAAUUCACAUUUCCUGUUGCUGCAGGAUUAUUUUCCUGCUGUAGCAAACUGGCUCAAAUUAAGAUCCUACAUUUGUAGCAAGCAACUGGAUGCCUGUCAAGCCUCUGUUAAGCAUAGUGUUUUCUCCCCAACAGAUAAUCACUAAAGAGAUAGAAGCCAACGAGUGGAAGAGAAAGUAUGAAGACAGCCAUAUGGAGGUGUUAGAGAUGAGGUAUUAUAUGGCACUAUUGUUUUAGUUUGACAUAAUUCAAAGUUAAUCAUAUAUAAUACAGGCAAACUCACAAGAAACCUUUUAGACUGAAAAUAAACAUUUUUAUUUUUACUUAUAUCUCUCCUUGUGUUGAUUCAUCUCUUGUAGGAAAAUAGUGGCGGAGUAUGAGAAAACAGUUGCACAGAUGAUUGGUAAGUUCUUGAGGAGUUCAUUAUCUGCACUGAUAUGAAAUCACGGGAUAGGUGAAAGCAAUAUAGUGGAUACCUACCAGCUUAUUACUUUCAACGGUCCAUUUAAUUCCACAUCAGUGCAAAUUCAUGGAACUAGACAAUGAUAACAAGCCUAUUUAGACUAUUGAGACAUCCUUGUACCCUGAGUCACUGUUUGGACGUAUCUCAACCUGGUGACCUUUGACCUGUAAACUUUGCAGAGGAUGAGCAGCACAAGAGGAGUGUCCUGGGCUCCCAGAAGAGUGUCCAGCAGGUGACCCUGGAGCGGGACCAGGCCCUGGCUGACCUCAACUCUGUGGAGCGCUCGCUCUCUGACCUCUUUAGACGCUACGAGAACAUGAAGACCGUCCUGGAAGGCUUUAAGAAGGUAUGUGUUAACGUGAGACUAGAGAGAAGGUUUAAGAAGGUAUGCGUGAUAUCAGUGGAGGCUGGUGGGAGGAGCUAUAGGCGGACGGGCUCAUUGUAAUGGCUGGAAUGGAAUAAAUGGGACGGAGUCAAACAUCGUUUCCAUAUGUUUGAUGUGUUUGAUACCGUUUCAUGUAUACCAUUCCAGCCAUUACAAUGAGCCCACCUUCCUAUAGCUCCUCCCACCAGCCGCCUCUGCGUGACUUGUCUUAAAGUUACACUAGCGAGGUUCACUCACUAUACUUGGAUGACUGUUGAGUUGAAGUAAACCUUUCUGUCUGUCCAUGUUGUAUUCUGUGUUUUACUUCAUGUUUUCAUUCUUCUUUAUCUGACCCUUUAUCUGACCCUUUAUUAUCAUUACUUGUAAUGGAGAAAUACCAACCCGCCAAAACCCGCCAAUACAUUCAGUUGAAUUAGGUUUCAGAUCUGUCUGUGUGUGUAUCCAGAAUGAAGAGAUGCUGAAGAAGUGUGCCCAGGAGUAUUUGGUCCGCAUCAGACAGGAGGAGCAGAGAUACCACACUCUCAAGAUCCACGCGGAGGAAAAACUAGACAAGUAAAGACAGACACAUACACUUUUUUGGUUUAUAAUCUUAAAUACACUAUAUAUAUCACUGACCACCUUCCGGAGACACUUGAAACCCUACCUCUUUAAGGAAUACCUGGGAUAGUAUAAAAGUAAUCUUUCUACCCCCCCCCCCCCCUACCCCUACCCCUACCCCACCCCCACAAAAUAUAAAAUAAUAAUAAAUAAAUAAAAUGUUUAAUGUAAAGUGGUUGUCCCACUGGCUAUCAUAAGGUGAAUGCACUAAUUUGUAAGUCGCUCUGGAUAAGAGCGUCUGCUAAAUUACGUAAAUGUAAAUGUAAAUAUAUACAAAAGUAUGUGGACACCCCUUCAAAUUAGUGGAUUCAGCUAUUUCAGCCGCACCUGUUGCUGACAAAAUCGAGCACACCGCCAUGCAAUCUCCAUAAACAAACAUGGCAGUAGAAUGGCCUUACUGAAGAGUUCAGUGACUUUCAACGUGGCACCGUCAACAAGUCAGUUCUGACCUGCUAGAGCUGCCCUGGUCAACUGUAAGUGCUAUUAUUGUGAAUUGGAAACAUCUAGGAGCAACAACUGCUCAGCCGCAAAGUGGUAGACCACACAAGCUCACAGAACGGGACCGGCGAGAGCUGAAGCACAUAGAGCGUAAAGAUUGUCUGUCCUCGGUUGCAAUACUCACUACCAAGUUCCAAACUGCCUCUGGAUGCAACGUCAGCACAAUAACUGUUUGUCGGGAGCUUCAUGAAAUGGGUUUCCAUGGCCGAGCAGCCGCACACAAACCUAAGAUCACCAUGCGCAAUGCCAAGAGUAGAGCUCACCGCCAUUGGACUCUGGAGCAGUGGAAAUGCGUUCUCUGGAGUGAUGAAUCACGCUUCACCAUCUGGCAGUCGGGACGGACUAAUCUGGGUUUGGUGGAUGCCAGGAGAACCCUACCUGCCCCAAUGCAUAGUGCCAACUGUAACGUUUGGUGGAGGUGGAAUAAUGGUCUGGGGCUGUUUUUCAUGGUUUGGGCUAGGCCCCUUAGUUCCAGUGAUGAUAAAUCUUAAUGCUACAGCAUACAGUAACAUGCUAGACGAUUCUGUGCUUCCAUUUUGUGGCAACAGUUUGAGGAAGGCCCUUUCCUGUUUCAGCAUGAUAAUGCCCCCGUGCACAAGGCGAGGUCCAUACAGAAAUGGUUUGUCUGGAUCGGUGUGGAAGAACUUGACUGGCCUGCACAUAGCCCUGACCUAAACCCCAUCGAACCCCUUUGGGAUGAAUUGGAACACCGACUGCGAGCCAGGCCUAAUCACCUAACAUCAGUGCCCGACCUCACUAAUGCUCUUGUGGCUGAAUGGAAGCAAGUCCCUGCAGCAAUGUUCCAACAUCUAGUGGAAAGCCUUCCCAGAAGAGUGAAGCCUGUUAUUGCAGCAAAGGGGGGACCAACUCCAUAUUAAUGCCCAUGAUUUUGGAAGGGGAAGGACUGCCUGUUCCAUGAUCUCGCCAUCACGGUUGACAACUCCGUUGUGUCCUCCUCCCAGAGUGCGAAGAGCCUUGGCGUGACCCUGGACAACACCCUGUCGUUCUCCGCUAACAUCAAGGCGGUGACCCGAUCCUGUAGGUUCAUGCUCUACAACAUUCGGAGAGUACGACCCUGCCUUACACAGGAAGCGGCACAGGUCCUAAUCCAGGCACUUGUCAUCUCCCGUCUGGAUUACUGCAACUCGCUGUUGGCUGGGCUCCCUGCCUGUGCCAUUAAACCCCUACAACUCAUCCAGAAUGCCGCAGCCCGUCUGGUGUUCAACCUUCCCAGGUUCUCUCACGUCACCCCGCUCCUCCGCACACUCCACUGGCUUCCAGUUGAGGCUCGCAUCUGCUACAAGACCAUGGUGCUUGCCUACGGAGCUGUGAGGGGAACGGCACCUCCGUACCUUCAGGUUCUGAUCAGUCCCUACACCCAAACGAGGGCAUUGCGUUCAUCCACCUCUGGCCUGCUGGCUCCCCUACCUCUGCGGAAGCAUAGUUCCCGCUCAGCCCAGUCAAAACUGUUCGCUGCUCUGGCACCUCAAUGGUGGAACAAGCUCCCUCACGACGCCAGGACAGCGGAGUCACUCACCACCUUCCGGAGACAUUUGAAACCCCACCUCUUUAAGGAAUACCUGGGAUAGGAUAAAGUAAUCCUUCUACCCCCCCCUUACCCCAACCCACCCCCCCCAUCCCCCCCCACCCCCCCCCAAAAAUACAUAAAUAAAUAAAUAACAUUGUAAAGUGGUUAUCCCACUGGCUAUAAGGUGAAUGGACCUAUUUGUAAGUCGCUCUGGAUAAGAGUGUCUGCUAAAUGACGUAAAUGUAAAUGUUCGAUGAGCAGGUGUCAACAUACGUUUGGUCAUGUAGUGUAUAUUCCUAUCAGCUAGCCUAUUGUUAAUUUGGUACAGUACACAGUGGAGGGAAGAUAUGUUUCUAUGGAUCUCCCUCUGCCCUUCCUUUGAAGGUAUUUUAUUUUUCAUUAUUUUCUUUCUCUAACGUUUCCCUCUCUGCUGUGUUGCAGGGCUAAUGAAGACAUAGCCCAGGUGCGCUCCAAGGCCGACUCAGAGAGUGUGGCUCUUCAUGCCAGCCUGCGGAAGGAGCAGAUGAAGGUGGACUCCUUGGAGAGAGCCCUCCACCAGAAGGUACUUGACAGCAUUUACUUGACUUACUCCCCUUAGGGAAAUAUUUAUGUAGAAUAGGGUUGAAUAUUUUCCCGGUAUUUUACAAAUGUUCCAUCCCGAGAAUAAAUCACUUUUCUCCAGGGUAACCCAGUAUUUCCCGCCAAAACACCGGAAGUGUCAUUCAAAACCAUUAUAAAUCAAAUAAAUAGACUUAAGUCUGGAUUUGAUUAGAGCUUUGAUCGAAAAUCCAAGCCUGAUGCAACCUGAGCCUGAUUAAAUACAUUUUAUGAGCCCUACAUUAAAGACAUUUUAUCAUUUAGUGAGCCCAAGCCCAAAAAAGGCCAAAUGAUUAUGCCAUUAUCCAAUACAGCUACUGCACAUUACGCACGACAGAAAAACAUAAAAGCACAUAGAUGUAGCUAUGCAAUGAGUAAAUAAAUGAAUCAAGCUCCAGUAAUCUUUUUGAGUGUGAACUGUAUUACUGUACUGUAUUGUAUUAUACUGUAUUAUAUGGACUGGAAUUACGGAUCUUGUUCAAACCAUGAUAAAGCUGAGAGAACAUGCGAUUCUGGUGCAGCACAUGCGGCCUACAAAUGUAUAAGUAUGGCUAGUCAAUUUGAUUUUAAUUAUAUUUCCCCUAAUGUUAUUAGCCUACCUCCUCUUUCUCUCUCUAGUGUUGCUUCAUUCCUUCCUCGCUUUCAACAGUUAAAUUAAAUACGUUUCGUUGUCCUUAUCUUCAUCAUUCUAAUGAAAUGCUUGAAUAAUAUAGGACUAGAAUGAGAUGCAGAAGUCUUUCACUUCUCUUCACGAGGAUUGUAUGGUUAUGGGUCUGAAUAAAUAACUGCUAUAGCCUACCGCCAUCGUGCGUUCGCUCUUCUUUCAGACUACCCGUGAGUUCUAUUGGCUGUUGUAUUUAACAUUCAGCAAACAAGAGCUUGCGCCCAUCUUCGAAUAGUUUAUUGGUAUAAAACAUGCAAAAAAAAAGAAUGUCCAGCAAGCUAUUCUAGUCUAGCUUUUCCUGCAUGGGACUCCAAGCGCUAAGGAGCCUUUUUCACAGCGAGAGGUCAGCGGAGCACAGGUGCUUCGUAUUGCGCAAGAGACAGAGGCUAUAAAUUAGAAGCUUAUUAUGCAUAAUUCAUCAUUCACUAUCUAAAUAUAAGGCUAAUACUGCAUUGAUAUUAUUACCUGAAAGAGGUAGGCUAGGACAUCUAUAUAUAGGGCUAUAUAUCAAUCUUGAACAGUAUGAUCUAUUUUGGAUGCAAUUUGAAUGGAAUUGAUGGAGAGAGAGACUGUGAGUGAGUGCUCGCUCGUGCUCUGAUUUAAAGCAACGAUAUAGGAGUGUUUUAAAACUCUGCAGCUGCAAUAUAAAACAAAUCAUUAAAAUAAGGAGAUCCCCGAAAGCCAGAUGGAGAUGUGUAAAUUAGAUGCGCAUUCAGUAUUUAUAUUACUGUAGCAUAGGCUAUGCUGCAUCAGAUGUAGGCCUACCUGUCACAAUAAAAAAAGUUACAAUGAUGAGAUGAUAGGUCUACCUACAGAGAGGCUGUCGGUCCCCACACUGAGCGUUGAGGAUUCAUCAUGCAGUGACCACAGAGGCCAUAGAGAAUCCAGAUUUAGACAUCUCAUAUAAUUUAACAGUUCCAUUUCACGUCAUGCUGUUCAUAUAAAUAAUUAAUUAUAAUUUACCGGGUACUUGCAGUUAUUUAUCCCGGGGAAAAGGAGUGGUUUUGGGCUGUACAUUUCGGUACAUUUCAAUAAAUCUCGGUAACCGGGUUCCCGCCAUUCAACCCUACUGUAGAACUCAUUCAUAGUAAAAGACUGGACACAUAACUGGAUACAAUAAUUGUGUUAAUUAUCAGUGGCUUCCAAUGACAAGAGAACCCCUCUAUCAGAAUGUAAGAAUCACUGAUAGUAAAAUAAUAACCAAGCCAUCUAAUUAGUUAUCUAGGGUUUCAAUGAGAAGCGCAGAAUUGCACAUUUGUACCUUGAUUGAACAAUCUCUCGGCUCUCUCUGUUCUACCCAGAAUCAAGAAAUCGAGGAGCUCACAAAGAUCUGUGAUGAACUAAUAGCAAAGCUCGGGACAUCAGACUGA